GUCUGGAAGUUGCUGAUCGUCGUUCCCGAUCUGUGUCUACUCUAAAGAUAUGGUUGCCGUUGGACCGAUGCGGACAGCUGUCCUGGUGUCCCUGCUGUUGGCAAUCCCGGCCUCUGCCACCACCUUCGGAGACGGAAACGACAUUCCGACGUUCCUCCGUUCUCCCCCAGAAGCCUCUCCUGUGACUUCCCUCGCAGGAGCCCACGCCUUAAACAGACGAAGCCUAUCCUUUAGGUCUUGCACGGGCGUCUACGACCGCGAACUCCUUGUAAGGCUCGACCGCGUGUGCGAAGACUGCUACAACGUGUACCGCGACGUCGGAGUGGCAGCCGAAUGCAGGAGUAACUGCUUUUACAAUGAGGUGUUUCUGCAAUGCGUGGACUACAAGUUCCGGCCUCGCCAAAGGAACCAGUACCGGGCCGCCCUCCAGAGGCUCGGCAAGUAGACGUUUCCUCUUCGGCCAGACCUUCUGCGGGGACGCUCGCCAUGCGCCUCCCUAGACGACCAAACUCCGGACUCCUGUUUAGUUUCUUUUGCAUCCUGAGUUAAAAGGUGAAACAUUUUUGGCAUCGAAGUGUUUUGCAGCCUC